AUGGCGGAAGCAGUACCGGCAGCGCCUCAUACGGAGAACAGGAGCGAGAAUCCACUCAUUGCUGCUCUGCCUCCAGUCUCGGACUACAUCACAUACCUCACCAUCAUCGAAUACAACCUCACUCCCGAGAAUCUACCAGUCUUACAGCAAGUUCUCAAGGAUGAGAAACUCACGACCAAUAUCGGAUGGGACCUCGUACAACUGCUUGUGCCUCAUCUGCCGGACUCGGAGGGCUGUCUGAGGGAAAUCGCACAACGCGGAAAUCCGCGAGAGGUGAUUUUGAAGGUCACGGAGAGCUUGAGAUUGAUUGAUUAUGAUGGCAUCGAGGAGGAGGACGAAGAUGAAGGUGGCGAGGAUGUGGCGGCGGUUAGGAAGCGGUAGGUAGUGGACGUGGUGAAUGCGAGAGGGUUGCUGACUUCUUGCCAGCGCCGACAGCUCGACAUAUCCGCUCAAGACUGCUUCAGCGACCGGUGCUACGAAUAGUACCCAGAUGGUAGAAGUCCCACCCCCGUUGCCACUGCCAGUCAUCCAGUUCGUGGCGCUGCUGAACAUGCUCGCCAUCUUGCAUCCCAGAGUGAAGACAAAGUACCCAAGCCGAUUCUUGAGUACCACGCUGCAAGCCAUCCUGGCGAGCUUCUCGCAUGCGCCAAGGUACCGGGAAGAAAUGGUUCAGGCGAUUGUCAAGACACUCAAAGCCGUGACUGGAAUUCAGAGGCCGAACCUACCUACUAGGAGUAGCAGCGGAAUGCUUCCAUCUAGCGCCAUGGCUGGGAACGAAGCACUGCGACCAGAUCCUGAAGCUUCGGCAGUCGACUCGAGUGCCGAGGAGAAGGCGAUGCAGAUGAAGUUGUUGCAGUCGUUCAUCACUCACAUCUUUGAGGAGUACAUGCUCAACUUUCCUCCCUAUGAUGAUGUUCCAGGCAUGGCUUGGUGCAGCCGUGUCGUGGAGAAGUUGCAGCCGGAGCGAAUCGUGCCAGGAACCCAGACCUUUGCAGACCGAUUCGCGAACGAGGAGAGGUUGCAGAGGAGGCUUGAUGCUUUAGGCCAGCUCGGGACACUGGCGGGAGACUUGAAAGUCACCGACGAACAGUUGCUGGAUGCUGCGAUCACGGUUGAGAGAGUGCCAGAGACAGGAGGGGACGAGGACGAUCCGCCGAACUCGGCAGAAGACAUUCCGCUUUCUAGACUGGGAUCGCUCAUACUGUACGCCGCGCGUCAGGCAUCUUCGAUACUGUACGACAAGCCGGAUACGAGCGCAAUGCCAUUCGAGAUCUUCCCGGAUCACCAAGAACUACUGAAGAAUUGCCUUUCUGCGCACGGUAUGGGAACUGGACAACUGGGUAGCGAACCAGAAGCUCUGAUCGAUUCGGUCUUGGUCCUUGGAAUCGUAUGCCUCGAGCGAAACGCAAUCGGCGAGCCGGCUACCGAUGAACAGUUUAACGACUACCUUCAAGUCACAGCCCUCCUAUCAUCGAAUUGCCCCAACUCCAACCUGCGUGGCCACGCUCAUUACCUGACGAGCACAAUCCUGCGCUCGCAACCCGACGAACAGGUGCGGCUGGCUUUCAUCCGCGACACGCUGGAGCACUGCCCAUUUGAAAACUUGAAAGUCUCGGCUGUAGGUUGGAUCAAGGGCGAGACGAUCGAAGCAAACCCACCCACGCCUAUACCAGGCCACCAGGGGCAGAACGGAAGCGAUACGACAUCCAUCUUCGCCAAGCCACUCGCUCUGGACUCUCUGGCGCCCUACCUGUUCCCUUCCCUGGACGCCGACCUGAUCAUCGCGCCCCUCACGGAAGCCUGGCAAACAUUCCAAAUGAACGCAUCCUUCUACCUCGCCAGUCUGAACUUCCUCUUCCUCCUACUCCAAGCGAAACACCUCCACAGCAUCCUCGACGUCCAGGAUCUGUGGAGCAACAACGACGUCCCCGGGAGCUUUCUGCAGCCUCUGCGAGAUGCCGCGGCGCGCUUCACGAAAGCCAUGGUGGAGAGUGGAGGCGAUCUGGCAGGCGAGAAGAGCGACGAGACACUGGCGGAAUUGAAUCUGUUGGAAGAGACGGUCGAGCGCGUCACGAAGAGCGUGGUGCAUUUGAAUGAAGCUUGA